CUUUUUCCGACCAGAAUAUGGAGGCGGCUCCGUCCACCACCGCUAACUCCGCCCCUUCCUCCGCCGUGACCCACCGGAAUCCGUUAAGAGUUGACUGGCCGACGGUUGAUGGACCGUUAGGUUUGACGGAGCAAGAUUCAGUUGAUCAUGCGCGUAGAUUCUUUAAGUUUGGGUUUUUAUUUCUGCCUUGGCUUUGGGCUGUUAAUUGCUUCUACUUUUGGCCUGUACUUCGUCAACCUACCUCUUAUUAUCACCCCGAACUCCGUCAAUAUGUUGUCAGGUCAGCAAUUGGUUUCACGGUGUUUGCUGUUAUCCUCUCAUCUUGGGCUCUUACCUUUUCCAUUGGAGGAGAGCGUCUAUUUGGUCAUGCUUGGGACAAGCUCGUCAUGUACAACGUUGCUGAGAAAUAUGGUUUGACGGGGUGGAUUUAGGUACUUAAAGCUUUCAUUUGUGGUCGAAUCUGCUGGAUACAAGAUUUGUAUGUAUAUAUAUUCUUCCCUUGUUAAAGAUGCUGAGACUGGAACAUCUCAGUUAGACAGUUACCAUGACACUAUUAAGUAGUGAUGAAACCAGAAAAGAGGUGCACCUUUUGAACUCUGUAUGCACUUUGCAGCUUGGAACUUGGAAGUUGUCAUUUUGCUCA